AUGGGGCUCCGAAAAGAACGGGCAGAAGAGGGCUCAGCGGUGGUCGGCGGGGUGGACAGGAGGCCCAGCCUGGGCCCGGUGCUGUGGGACGUGGGCGCGCUCGGCCUGCGGCCCGGGCCGCACCUCAAGCUGCUCGGCAGCGGGCUGCUCCUGGCCUCGCGCUACCCGCUGCUGCGGGCCUCCUUCCGCUGUUUCCCCGACUCGAGGCGCGAGGACGCGCUGGCCUCCAAGGGCCUGCUCUCCGCGCAGGUGCAGCUGGGCGCCCUGGACGGGCGGUGCGUCGUGGGGUUCCUGCACUGCACGCACCUGCAGGCGCCCACCGAGGACGGGGCCCUGCGCUGCGCACAGCUCACGCUGCUGCUGGACUGGGCAGAGCAGUUUGAGGCGGAAGGCUGCCAGAGCGGAGAGGUGGUGGCCUUCAGCGUGCUCCUGGGAGACCUAAACUUUGACAACUGCUCCAAAGAGCACAAGCAGGAACAGGAGCACAAGCUCUUCAGUUGCUUUCAGGACCCCUGCCGGCUGGGCACGGGCCAGGAGCAGCCCUGGUCCCUGGGGACGAUCCUGAGCACCUCCAUGCUCCACCACUCGGUAGCCAGCUCCCCGGAAAUGCUCCGCAGGGCCCUGGAGCAGGAGAAAGAGCGCCACAUCUACAUGGCAGGCUCUCCCCAGGGUAGCCGGAGAGCUAAACCCUGGAGGGGCCGACGCUUGGACUACAUCAUGUACCGGGGAGUGCCGGGGGGCCUACUGAACCCAGAGGUGGAGCAGGUGACCUUCAGCACCGCUUUGGCUGGGCUCACAGACCACCUGCCCGUGGGCCUGCAGCUCCGCGUUUCCCAGGGUUCCGACACUGGCACGUAAGGUGCACCA